ACUCAGCGACGUGCAAGUUGGACACGCUGUAAUGUCAACAACAGCAAUCCCCAAGCUCAUCCAGCGCUUCCGCGCCCGCGAGCUCCAAUGCUUCAUCAACCGCGGAGGCCUCCGCUCACCCAACCGCACCAACGAAGGUCGCACCCCACUUUACAUGCAAAACAUCAAAAACAUCGACGUGAAGAAGGACAUUCGUAUGGGCGUACCUCUGCAUAACCCGUUCUUACCCAGAGCACUUUUCAAGCAGGAGGUAAAUGUUGAAACAGAUGAGAGCGCGUUUCCUUUUGGUUCGUUAAAUUUGGGUAGUGUGGGGAAGGGAGGGAAUGGGAAGAAAGAGAACGGGAAGAAGAAAGAGAGGAAAAUGUGGGCUCCUCCGAGGUAUUCCUUACGUCGUCAAAAAGAACUCGUCAAAGCUGCUCGUGCGUCGGGAACGCUACAUCUCUUACCACCAGGUCCGAAAUUGAGCCUCGAAGAGCUCCAAGAGGCAAAACGUGAAGCGAGGAGACGCGCAAGGGCUGCAAAAGAGACAUCUCUGAAGGUCCAGCAGAGUAUAGCUCGGGCAAAAGCUGCGAAAGCAAACGCGUCAGCGAAAGAUGGAACCACCACUUCCUCGGCUUCGCAGGACGUAGAAUCUCAAGAAACCUCUACCCAACGACCAUCCUCAACCCGCUCCCACCAAAAAAGACGCCAGCCCCGCUGGCUCCUCCGCACCCCCCAAAACCUCUCCCACCGCCGCACCUCCCCCACCCUCGGCUACCCAGGCAUAACCUUCAACUGGACAAGCAAAGGCAAAGACAAACUCCACCCCAAACCCCACUCCCAUUCCUCCCUAACAAUCUACGCUACCCGUCGUCGCAUGUUCAAAGGCCACAAAUGGGAACGUCACCUCGCCAAACGACGUGCUCAGAUCGCUGUUAGGAUGAGGGAUAUGGAUAAGAGGGUUGAGAGGUUUAAGAAUGUAUACGUGAGGAGACGCGCGAAGCCGCUCAAACCUGCUGUACCGCGCAAGAAAGAGUCGUUACCAUUCUAGUUUAGAAAUUUAAUCUCGCUACAUCCGCACCUCAAACGUCAAACAAUACA